GUUGAUUCAUUCACACAGGAAAACACAGGGAAACCUCAUAAUUUCUGCUGAUUAUUCCAGCUUGUGAAAAUGGAGCGCUUGUCUGCAGCAAACACACAAUUUUCUCUCAACCUGUUCAAGAAGAUCAGCGGAGGAAACGCCUCAACAAAUGUGUUCUACUCUCCGAUCAGCAUCUCCUCGGCUCUGGCCAUGGUGUCGCUCGGAGCAAAAGGAAACACAGCGGUGCAGAUGUAUAAGGUUUUGGGCUUUAACAAUCCUGCCGAACCCAGUCCCGCGACUCCAGCACCUCAACAACCAACCCACAAGCCCCAGGUGCCCUGCGGCGUCAAGAGUCAACAUGAACCACAAAUGACGCAACAAACCCAGAAGUCUGAGAUACCUGCCAAACUCAAGAAACCUCCUGCUCAGCCCACACCAGGACCAAAAACUGAGAACCAAAUUCAUUCCAGUUUCAGCAAACUCAUGAGUGAACUGAACAAACCAGGAGUCCCAUAUGCACUGAGUAUUGCCAACCGCCUCUACGGAGACCAAUCCUACAUGUUUGUUGAGAAAUUCAUCAAUGAUGCAAAAAAAUACUAUGAAGCCGGACUGGAGAAGGUGGACUUCAAGAAGAACACAGAAGCUGCACGUGUCAACAUCAACAAAUGGGUGGAGAAAAAAACACAAGAGAAGAUCAAGGACUUGCUUCAAAAGGGAUCCAUUAAUGAUAUGACAAAACUAGUCUUGGUGAACGCCAUCUACUUUAAGGGGAACUGGGAGGAGAAAUUCUCAAAGGAAGCCACCAGAGAUGGACAGUUCAAGCUGAAUAAGACUCAAACUAAACCAGUGAAGAUGAUGCGACAGAAAUCAAAAUUUCCUCUGGCCUUCAUCUCAGAGGUGAACAGUCAGGUUCUGGAGCUGCCGUAUGUCGGGAAGAAUCUCAGUAUGUUGAUCAUCCUUCCUAACAAGAUUGAAGACGAAACCACUGGCCUUCAGAAACUUGAAAAGGCACUGACCUACGAGAAGCUGAUGCAGUGGACCAAACCCAGCAAUAUGUUUGAAGAGGAAGUUCAAGUAUCUCUGCCCAAAUUCAAGAUGACAGAAACCUAUGAAUUGGUGCCGUUUCUGCGUAGCAUGGGAUUGGAAGAUGUUUUUGACCCGCAGAAGGUGAAUCUUACAGCCAUGUCGCCCAGCAAUGACCUGGUGGUGUCUGCAGUGAUUCAUAAAGCCUUUGUUGAAGUAAACGAGGAAGGAACCGAAGCGGCUGCAGCCACCGGUAUCGUUUUUUUAACAACCGCAAUGCCAACAGAUCCAAAAACCUUUAUUGCAGACCAUCCGUUCCUUUUCUUCAUCCGCCAUAAUCCUUCCAACAGCAUUCUGUUUUAUGGACGCUUCUGUUCUCCUUAAAGCUGAUAGUUAUGGAGUGAUAAUACAAAGCAUCUGUGUUUCUCUGA